AUGUAUCUUGGUUUAAUUGAUUAUAUUGUUUUAAUUUUACUUUUGGUUUUAUCAUGUGGAACUGGAAUUUAUCAAGGUUAUAGUCGAUCAAAACAAAUUUCAUCUAAACAAUUUCUUAUUGCUGAUGGUCGAAUGAAAAUAAUUCCAACAGCAAUGAGUUUAUUAGCAACUUUAAAAUCUGCUGCAUCAUUACUUGGAAUGCCUGUUGAAUUUUAUUAUUAUGGAACAAUGCUUAUUUACUGUAUCUUUCCAUGGUUUAUUGGAACAUAUUUAACAGUAAAUUUUUUUAUCCCAAAAUAUCAUUAUAUUGGUAGUGCAAGUAUUUAUGCUUAUCUUGAACAACGUUUUUCGUUAACAAUUCGUAUUUUAGUAACAUGUAGUUUUGUUUUAGUUACUAUUCUUUCAAUGGCAGUUAUUUUAUAUGGCCCAAGUUUAGCUUUAAGUCAAGUAACAGGAUUAAAUAUUUGGAUUGCAGUUGGAUUAUGUGGAAUAAUUUGUACAAUUUAUACAAGUAUUGGAGGAAUGAAAGCAGUUAUUUGGACUGAUGUUAUACAAGCAUCAAUUAUGUUUAUUGGUUUGAUUUUAUCAAUCAUAAUUGGUGUCAUUGAUGCAGGUGGAAUAUUUAAAGUAUAUGAAAGUUUAAAAGCUGGUAAUCGAUUACAAUUUUCUGUUGUUGAUUUUGAUCCAUCAAUUCGUUAUACAAUGUGGAGUAUAUUUAUUGGUGUAAUAUUUUCAAGUACAGCUCAAUAUGCUUGUAUUCAAACUCAAGCACAAAGAUAUAUGUGUGUUAAAGAUACAAAAUCUGCACAGAAAGUUGCAUGGACAAAUUAUGUUAUGUUAGUAUUUAUGCAUAUAUUAUGUUUAUGUGUUGGAUGUUUACUCUAUAAUAAAUAUAGUCAAUGUGAUCCUCUUCAAGCUAAAAUUAUUUCUCGAUCAGAUCAAAUGUAUCCAUUAUUUGUAAUUGAAACAUUAGGAAGAAUUCCAGGAUUUACAGGUGUUUUUAUUGCAUGUAUGUUAAGUGCAACAUUAAGUACAUUUUCAAGUGGAGUUAAUAGUAUGGCAACAGUUAUUCUUGAAGAUAUUUAUAAACCAUUAACAAAAAAACAUUCAAUGUCAAAUGAAGAACAAGUUACUUUUUCAAAAAUUUUAUCGGUAUGUAUUGGUUGUUUAUCAGUAAUAAUGUCCUUUCUUGUAUCUUUUAUGAAAAGUAAUAUCAUUACUUUAAUAAUUCAAAUUUUUGGUGUAUUUGCUGCUCCUAUUUUGGGUAUUUAUUUUCUUGGAUUAUUUUCAUCACGAGUCAAAAGUCGAAGUGUAUUUGUUGCUUUUUUUCUUUGUUUAAUCUUUCAACUUUUUAUGCUUUUUGGUUCAAUAUUUACUACAAAACCAGCAAAUAAACAAGGUGGACGAUUACCAAUUUCUAUUGCUGGAUGUUUAAUAUCAACAAAUGUAACUACUAAAACAAUAACAACAUAUGCAAAAUCAAAUUUCUUAGUAUCGUUGUUUUCGAUAUCACCACUUUGGUUUAUAUUUAUUGGUACUAUGACAACUAUUAUUCUUGGAAUGAUCUUUAGUUUUAUUCUUGAUUCGAAAGAUACGAAAAUAAUUGAUCCAUUAUUAUUAGUAUCAACAAACGACAUUUUUCCAUGUUUAUCAUCGAAAAAAAAAAUGACUAAACAAUCAAUUGAGAAACAAGAUGAUAAUAAGAUUGAAGAGGAAAUUAUGCUCUAA